UUGUUCCGUAAAGCACUCUGCAUUUGUUUUUGUGCAGUGGAAGCAUUCCUAGCCUGGUCUGCUAGGAUACUCCUCGCUCCUUAUUACAUUUGAGUAAUUUAGCAGACGCUUUUAACAAUUUACAGUUAGCGCAGUCAUCUUAUGAUAGCUAGGCGAGACAACAACAUAUCACCGUUGUGACCUGCCCGCUUGCAUGGAGGACAUCAGGCUUGGAUUUAAGGACUGGCGAGACAUUGUGUGGGAGAGGAGACAAUAAAGUGGAGCUUAUUUUAGCGCCCCUCCGGGUUCCGGACGUCCUCCGCAGCAGUUAGAUGCGUCUGUACCCUGAUCUGUGACAAUGACAAUGAAAGGCUUGUCGAGUAGCCGGAGACACCAUCACACAGUGACCUGUGACCCCUCCUAUGACUCCAUGACCCUGGGGCGCCAAGCCCGGCCCUACCUGCUGAACCCAGGCGAUGCCCACCCGGCCGACCACCCGUACUAUGCCCAGCGAAGCUCCUUCCAGUCUGAGUGCGGGCCCUACUCUGACCUGGCUAGCAGCACCUUCCCCCGAAGACAAUACAGCUCCCACCACGAACUGAAGGAUGAGUGUGCUGUGGUGCCUUACACCGGAGGCCAAGGGGGAAGCAUUAAGGGGGGCGGUGGUGGAGGAGGAGGAAGCAACAACCGAAUUCCACCGAAUCUUCUGGAGCAGUUUGAGCGGCAGGCGCCGGUGCGGCACGACGGCUACCACACGCUGCAGUACAAGCGCACAGCGGUGGAGCACCAGCGCAGCGACAGCCCCGGAAGGAUCCGCCAUCUUGUCCACUCGGUCCAGAAACUCUUCACCAAGUCCCACUCCCUGGAGGGCCCAUCGGGGGGCAGGGUGAACGGGGGCAAGGCCAGCCCCGACGACCCGCCCUCCAAUUCAGGCACCCUGAAGCACAGCAGCAAGCGCAGCAAGAGCAAAGACCGCAGUAGGUCAGAGCCCAAGAUGCGCUCGGCCAUCUCAGGCUACUGGAGCUCGGACGACACCCUGGACCGUGAGAUGUGCCUGUACCAUCACCACAGCCCCAGCCCGGGAGGCAUGCCCUCGGGGGUGAUGACCAUGGGCCGCCACCCAGAGAAGUCCCAGUCACAGUACUUCAUGGAGCAGUACAACACCAUCAGCGCCCACUCGCUGAAGACGUCGCGGAGCAACAAUGACGUCAAGUGUUCUACGUGCGCCGGGUUGCCAGGACUGGGCACAGGCAUGGACGGAACUGGCCAGCUGCUGAAGAAGAGCUCUUGGUCAUCCACACUGACGGUCAGCAGGGCAAGGGAGGUCUACCAGAAGGCAUCGGUCAACCUGGACAAAGCCCUUGUCAAGGCUGAGACCUGCCAGCAGGGGGGCCGCCCGACCUUUCAAUUCCUCCAGGUGCCCCAGGACGAGUGGAGUGGGGGAUUCUCGCCCCUGGGGAAGGAUGAGGAGAUCCCAUGUCGGCGGAUGCGCAGCGGCAGCUACAUCAAGGCCAUGGCAGAAGAAGACAGUGGUGACUCAGACUGCAGCCCCAAGCCCUCGCCAAAGGUGCAGGCACGCCGGGCCAGCUACCUGAAGGCCACACAGCCAUCGCUCACCGAGAUGACCACCCUCAAGAUCUCCACUGACUCGCAUUCUCCCAAGUUGCAGAUCCGGAGCCACAGCUACCUGCGGGCGGUGAGUGAGGUUUCCAUCAAUAGAAGCCUGGACAGCUUGGACCCGGCAGGGCUCCUGGCCUCGCCCAAAUUCCGCUCGCGAAAUGAGAGCUACAUGAGAGCCAUGAGCACCAUCAGCCAGGUGAGCGAGUUGGAGGUAAACGGGCAGAUCGAAGCAGUGUGCGAGUCCGUCUUCAGUGAGAUGGAGUCCCAGGCGGUGGAUGCCCUGGACCUCCCCAUGUCGGGCUGCUUCCGUAUGCGAAGCCACAGCUACGUCCGUGCAAUCGAGAAGGGUUCUUGCUCCCAAGAUGAGGAGGGCAUGGUGGGGGGCAACAUGAGGGCUAUCCCACCCCCCCGGACGACCACCACCGUUAGGACCAUCCAGAGCAGCACAGUGUCAUCAUGCAUCACCACGUACAAGAAGAUGCCUCCGCCGGUACCGCCGCGCACAACCCCGCCCAAGCCCUUUAUCUCCAUCACGGCCCAGAGCAGCACCGAGUCGGCCCAGGACGCCUACAUGGACGGGGGGUCAGGCCCCCGGACCCACAUCAGCACCUCCCAGCCCGGCCUGUCCAACUCCAGAGAGAGCAUCGACAGUAUGAAGGCCCUGACGGCAGCCAUCGAGGCAGCUAAUGCCCAGGUCCACGGCCCAGCCAGCCAGCAUGUCACCAACAGCACCAUCACCGCCACCAACAUUGCCUCCACCAACAGCAAGAGAGACACCCUCCGGAAGUGCCUCUCCAUAGGGAUACAGGUGGAUGGACCAGAGGAGGUUGGGGGGACAGAGGAGCACUCCAAGUUCCAGUCAGUAGGCAUCCAGGUGGAAGAGGAGAGAUGUUAUCGCAGGAUGACCAGGUCCAACAGUGUGACCACGGCGGUCCAAGCCGACCUAGACGACCCUGACUACUGUCCCGUCGACGCCCCAGAGAUGGUGAUACGCCACUCGGCCACCAUGCCCCGCCAGUACUCCCGGGACGCCGCCACCUCUACCGUCUCCAUCCAGGGCUCGGGCAACCACUACCACGCCCUGACCGUGGAGGAGUACGGCGAGGUGGGUUUGGACCCAUCCAUCCUGCCCCCGCCAGACCCCUGGAUGGACCAGGUGGAAGACCCCAUGGAGGUGGUGGUGGGGGGACGGGGGUUGAUGUGUUCCAGGGACGGGAGGUGGUUCCUGAAGCUUCUCCAAGCCGAGAUGGAGCGUAUGGAGGGCUGGUGCCGGCAGAUGGAGCAGGACGAGAUGGAGAACGAGCUGCCGGAGGAGAUACUGGGGAAGAUCCGCAGUGCAAUAGGGAGUGCCCAGCUGCUUAUGUCUCAGAAGUUCCAGCAGUUUCGGGAGCUGUGUAAGGAUAAUCAGAACCCCAAUUCCCACCCGAGGCCCAGUUCCCAGGACCUAGCAGGCUUCUGGGACAUGCUGCAGCUGUCGAUCGAGAACAUCAGCCUGAAAUUUGAUGAGCUCCACCAACUCAAAGCCAACAACUGGAAACCCCUGGACCCCCCAGAGAUAAAGGAGAGAAGGUUUGCCCCUCCAGUGCCAAAGAAGCCCCACAAGGGCCACCCUCCCCUGGCCAGGGACCGUUCUCUGGAGAGCUCCGAGAGACAGCGGCUGGAGGCUCGCAAACGCCUGCUGGCCGCCAAGCGGGCGCUCUCGGUCCGACAGAGCUCGGUCACCGAGAGAGCAGCAGACAGUAUCGAGAUCUACAUCCCAGAGGCCCAGACCAGAUUAUGAGACACACACACACAGACAAAGACACACACACACAAACAGACAGAGACACACACACACACACACACACACACAAACCGACACACCUUCAAAGGUACACACACACACACUCACACCGAGUGACACUGUCAAGACACUCAUCUGCACUGAAUGGCGAGGGUAGGGUGCUUGUAAUAUAAUCACAUUUAUCGACUUCCACAAAAACGGUCACAGCAGCCGGUGGAGUGAGAAUAUUGUAUAUGUAUUCACUUUUCCUCUUCUCUCCAUUUGAACCUCUCCUUGAACUUUCAGCUUUUCAUGUAGCUCCCCCCACUCUUUACUCCCAAAGAUGUUUCUUCUUGUGAUGGCAACUCUUCUUACCGAUGUUCCACCAACCAAAAGGCCUGUUGUCACCCAAACAGGUAUACCAGUACCACGGUAUUGAUGCAUAAUGUAUAAUUGUUCUGAUUCCUUGGAACAGAAGGGCGGUUAGGGAGGGAGGGGAAGUGUACUAGUGGGUAUAGACCGAGCGCUGUCAAGGCAUACUAGCUAAUCCUGUUGGGUGUCAGACAGCCUGAGACAGUGGCUUGUGUCCCACAUGACACCCUAUUCCUUAAAUAGUCCACUACUUUUGUGAAUUACCUAGUCAAAAGUAGUGCACCACAUAGAAAACAGGGUGCCAUUUGGAAUUCAGGCCAGCCUCUCUCCUCUGGUGACCCUGGGGGAGGCUGUUAUUGUGACUCACAACACAAUGACAGCAGACAAUAGAGAAACCCAGUCUCUACUCCCCUGUUGGAUGCUACUGUCACAGGAUUUAUAACACACACAUACACACAUGUGCAAGCACACGCACUCACACACACACACACACACACACACCUGUUCUCGAGAGAGGUAAUUGACCUAAACCCGUUUGAGUAGUUAGGAGAGAACACCUGAGACAUAUCUAAGACCUUCUGGAGACACAGUACAAGGCAUCAAGACAUCUAUGUAGCAGCGACCAUUGCAACUGUCAGUUUUAAAUUAAUUUAGGAGUCAAUUCGAUGUGAGUUGACUCAGUCAUGCGUUGACGUCAAUGGUAGACUAAGUACAAAUGUCACUUAAGUAUAACUUAGGAUUCGCCUCUUAUUAUUGAAAUCCAGGCAACAGCAGAUCUAUAUCUCUUGGCAUUAAAAUCACACACAAAAAACAAACAUUUUUGUCGAAGAAACAAUGAUUGGUUUUGAUGCAACACCUAUGAACACCUAGAUGUUCUAUUGGAGCCACUUACUUUUAUCACUCCUUGUUUUGUUAUUGCAUGUAAAACUGCAAAGCCGAGAGACAGUAGCUGGAUCAACACAGUCGGAAGUAGACAAUAAUAUCAAUGUGCAAAAAUGACUUUGAAUUGUAAAAUCCAAACCUUUUAUAAAAUGGGAUUUGGGUAAAAGGAGUAGCGUAGUGAUUGAUAGUACUUACCAAUAAUCAAUACAGGUCUUUGUAGAGUAACCCCAAAAAAUAACUCAAAACAAGAAAGCCGGUAUGUGUCGGACAAUUACACUAUUCUUUGUGUUUCUCCAAAUGCAGUCUGUCCAGUUGGAGGAACAGUGGCUUGAUUCUGCUGCACUCUAUGUCUGACCUUUAUGGGUUAUGGGUCACAGGGUCACGUCAAUCUGUCUACCCCCAGAUGUGGUAGGAUUCUGGGGGCCGACAGCACCAAUCCUGUCUGGCAGUCAGGUAUGGAGCUCUCAGAGAGAGGUCAGUGCUACGAAAUCAGGGUCUGCCAGAAACAAAAGUGGUGAUAUUGUGUGUGUGUGUGUGUGUGUGUGCCCGUGCGUGUUUGCGAGAGCGGGUGUAUGUGUGUAUGGGAGGAUAUGUGUGUUAAAGUGUUUCUGAAGUGCUUCCUAUUUUUCAAGGUCCAAACGGGCCUUUCUUUUCACUAUGUACAGUAUGUGUCCCAAACGGCACCCUUUUGCCUAUAUAAUUCACUACUUUUGACCAGGGCUCAUAGGGCUCUGGUCAAAAGUAAUGCACUAUGUAGGGAACAGGGUACCAUUUUGGGAGGCAGCCUGUGACUAAUGUAGCAGAAGCCACAUACUGUUAGUACUUUCCUAAACAGGCCCUGCCUAUCAUUUUCAACGGAGCGAUAUAUGCCUGUACAAAGACAUUAACUGAAGAACAUAUUGCUACAUUAUACGCAUGCUGACACGAGCUAAUUGAUAUGUUGUCAUUUCAUUCUUGUAGUUUUUUACUUAUUUUACUCUGUUUAUCAUAUUGUGCUGAGAAUAUCAUUUGUCCCUAAGAAAGAAAAUCACCUAAUACUGAUGUUCCUUUACUUUAAGGCACCCUUUAUGAAGGAUGCCUUAAUGUAGUGUUUCCGUUGUUGUAUAUGACAAGGUAUUUUGUUAUUCUAUCAAAAAAGGGACAGUGGGAAUUAUUUUCUUCUUACAUCUAUGUACUGUCUCAGCAUCCAAGCUGACCUUCAACCAUUUGAAAGUAAUAUGAAAAUAAUAUAGGGUUUUAAGUUGAAUGGUGUUUUAUAUCCACUAUUUCUGUAUUAAUCCUCAGAAACAGAUGAUUACUGUUUAUUAUUAAUAUUAUUAUUAUGCACUGAUAAGGCCCAUAUGCUGUGUAUAUUGAUUAUUAUGAUUAUCUUUUUCGCUCUAUGAAAUGAAAGACACCUUUUAUUCUGUUUCGGUAAUCAGCCUUAAUUUAUAAUGUGAUAGUCGAGCACAAAUCAGCCUCAGGGGAAGAAAAAUACAUUGUAUGUGUGUGUGUGUGGGGGGGGAGGGGGGGAGUGUGUGUGUGUGUAACCCAUGAAAAGGCUUCGUCUCAUACGGUAAACAUACCCAGUCAACAGGGGUUGCGUCCCAAAUGGCACCCUAUUCCCUACACAGUGCACUACUUUAUAUGGAAUAGGGUGCCAUUGGGGACGCAAAACCUGAACAUUACAGGUCUGCGGUUUAACGGUUCAGAUCAACGUCUCAUGAUUGAUUUCUUCGUCAAAAGACAGUUGCUACGUCUUCUCUGCAACUCCAAUCAGUUUGCAUUUUCUUCAUAUGAAGUCAGCUACUCGUAUGGGUGAGACAAUCUUGAACUCACGGUCUCGGUUAUAAUCUUUCAAGGUGUGUGGGUGUUAUUAAGCUAUAUUGAAACUGGUUUGACAUAGCUAGCGUUUUGUGAAAUUGGGUAACUGUUACCAAACAAGGACAAAAUUCCUGCUAUCCACGUAUAUGAGAAACAUGUUCAUGAUUGAAGUUUAGAGGAAAGUCCAAUUUGAUUGUGAUUUAACGCAUGUGACGAAGUAACUCAGCUGUAUGAUAUUUUUAUUUUUAGUAACAAUGUAUUUUAGAGAGAAUAUUGAGAAGGUAACAAUGGUUAUGUACCUUUUUGCCCAUUAGGUUUUAAGGUCAUUUAAUACAAAUUGUGAUGCUCUUUAUAUUUUUAUUUCACCUUUUUAUUAUAAUCAAUUCAAAUGUCAGUCAAAUUAUGACGUUAUUUAUGGUUAUUAUAGUAACAUAUCAAAACCCUGACAUUGCAGGGUGAUUACAGGAAGUGGUAAAGAAUGUUGGAUUGUGGGAAAUGCCAAACUCAAGACUUUAACCAAUCCUGGAGGAUGCUUAUGAUGUAGUCCAUGUAUAGGCAUAAAACCAUUAAAAUGAACAUUUGUAAAUAAAUGAAUGUUUCCCUAUGUAAAAACAAUCAAAAAACAUAUUAGGCAGAUAUACAUUUUGUAAUUAAUGUUAUUACACUGUUGAUGUUAUGGCACGUGUACGGAACUAAGAUCAGCAUUAAAAACCUUGCCAAUCA